AUGACUUUCUCUCGGGACAUGGACCGGAUGGAACUUGAAAACUCCCGUCUCUCCCCUUCCCCGGAGCUAGAGGAUCUCUUCAACCAGUUCUUUGACUGGCAAGCCUAUUCCGGGGACACUAAUCCCUCCUCCCCCCAUCCCCAUCACCAUCACCAUCACCGCAAGCAAUCCCUAAGCAGGAUCAUCACCGAUAUCCCUUCCUUUAUAGAAAACUUCCCUCUUGAUCCCAACAGGCCCUAUUUCGACAUGCCUUCGUACUCGUCGGAUGACGGACUCACGUCUGAGUACUCCCCCGGCCAGACUCCCCCGGAGCUGGUCCCCGGUGGAAGCUCGUCGCCUUCAGACCACUCGGGAUCGCCGCCCUUCCUGGAGCCACUAGACGAUGGCCACUACCACCAGGAGGCUUCCCUUAGAGAGAUCCAGGCCCAAGACGAUGAGUGGACCUACCCGCAGACCGACCCUUCCAAGGGCAUGGUCCAGGGUUACCCCCAUCACAUCCAAGUCCUAGAUGAUAGGCAUAGAAGGCCAGUCGACCCAUCCGCAAAGCUGAAGCGUCGACGUUCCGGCAACGAUCUGGAGAAGAGGCAAAGGCAGCUGGCAGACCCCAGCCAGACGGCAGACGUCCGCAAGAGUGGAGCCUGCCUGCCAUGCCGCAUGUCUAAGACCCGAUGCCACGAUAGUGGAGUCUGCCCAAUGUGCAGGAAGGCGUUCCCAGACCAUUCUCACAUGGCCUGCACGCGCGCCACACCAUCCACGUUUUGGCCCGUAAUGGGCAAGAUCCCCGAUGUCUGGUCCACCAAUCCCGAAGAAGAGGAGCAACUUUGCUCCGGCCCGCGGUUUUACACUGGAAAGCCCCGAGAGAUCUCGGUCUUUUUCACUCCAGACACCAGCUUCCCGGCCCUGCGCGCCACGGUCCAGGCCUACCGGUCGCAGGGGGGCUCUGAGGAGAUGGGCAGCCUGUCAAAGGCUGACUUCCCUCGAGACUGUGUCCCAAGCCAUGAGCUGCUGCAGAGGUGGGUUGAGGACCAAAUCCAGACCGAGCAGAGGUCAGACUUCCAAUAUGCGGCUCAGAGCUUCGUGCUCGCAUACUCGGAAGAAGGCUGGGGGCUUCCCAAGCAUGACCUUGUCAGAAAAGUCCACAGAAUGAACUGCUUCUUCCGUAUUCUGAAAGCCAGAUCCUUCUGGUGCUUGGACCCAACCAACAAGCUCACCACUCUUCCCUUGUCUGUGCAGGCUCAGCUGAGAAACAUUGCCCGACGGGCCAUCUACUCACUUGAGCAUGACAUCCUCAAAGAGAUGGACGACUGCAUCGCGCAGCAGGGCAUCCCACAGCCCCAAGAGAGGAUUGCCAUCUGGGCAAGCAUGUGGCAGCUCAUUCUUAUGUACCGAGAUCUCUUGCAAGGCUUCAAGGCCCAUAUCGGCCGCCUUGCGACUAGCAAGAGCGAGUCAACUCAGAGCAUUGCCAUGAAGGGACAAAUUUAUAAACGUCUCGCGGAAAACUUCUACCCGCUCCUGGUGGUGUUUUACCACUACCAGUUCCGGACAAAGAAGAGCUUGGAGCUGUCGCUGGACUGGCUCAAGACUCCUCAAUACCCCGCUGCAGCAUGCCACAGCAGAGCGAUCCACGAGGCUGCUCAGUACCUUCUCGACUCUCGUAAAGAGCACUAUCAGAAACUGCAGUCUUCAAAGAGCGAGAUUGAUCAGCUUCUAUGCGUCCUCGUGGUGAACCACGAGCUGAAGAAGAUGAACGCCAGGAAGCGUACAUCAAAGGCCAAGUCAUCAAAACACGCAGAUGAUGAUUGCGAAGAGGAUAAUUAG